CACAACUCCAUGUACCCCGAUGGAGUGCAGAUCCAGGCAGAACCAGCAAAUGAAACUCGAGUUGAGCUUGUUAAAGAGACCAGUGUAGUUAAAAUAUACACAACCCAGCCUACAAUCGAAGGAAAGAAUGUCACGAUUACAAUACGCCCUACUGCUCCUGUCAUCACAUAUGCUGCAUCUAUUGAUGAGUACGAUAUGGCCAAGGAAGUUCAAGAGACAGAAGUUGCUUCUACGGAAAAGAUACCUGAACGCCCUGCUCUUUUAGACUCUUUUAAUAAUGAGAAGUGUACAAUUAAAUCUAACGAUGAUCAACAGAAAGACAUGUCAUCCCCUGCUCCUCUCACACACCCACUACAUCCCCUUCAAAUAGCCGAACAGUCACCAAACCCUCCAGGCGCGUACAUAGAGCCCAAAUCCACAUCAUAUUUUACUUCUCUUAAUACGGACAUUACAUCAGCUUCUUUGCGUGUUCCUAAAGGGUACAUGCUUGUUCCUGAACACCAGAACAACAAUAUAAUUAUUAUUACGGAUGAGCUCUCAUUCAAUGGCCAACAGCUGGCUGUAGUGUUCAUUGCAAUGGUUCUCUGCUAUUACAUUGGAAAAUUUGCUUCUGUGUGUUAGAAUUCUCUUAUUUAUUAUUAAACUCUUAAUAUUGCAUACAC